CUCAAACCCUAAAACCCCUUCCUACAUUCACUCUCACCACAGUCCGACACAGAAAGCGUUGCAAAAUGGGACGUGUGAUCCGCGCACAGCGUAAGGGAGCAGGCUCCGUCUUCAAAUCCCACACCCACCACCGCAAGGGACCAGCGCGCUUCCGCAGUCUCGACUUCGGCGAGCGCAACGGCUACCUUCGCGGCGUCGUCACCGACGUCAUCCACGACCCCGGUCGCGGUGCUCCGCUCGCCAAGGUCUCCUUCCGCCACCCGUUCCGCUACAAGAAGCAGAACGAGCUCUUCGUCGCAGCUGAGGGUAUGUACACCGGGCAAUUCGUCUUCUGCGGGAAGAAGGCUAACCUCGUCGUUGGUAAUGUUCUGCCUGUUCGAUCCAUUCCUGAGGGUGCUGUGAUCUGUAAUGUUGAACACCAUGUCGGUGAUCGCGGCGUGUUUGCUAGGUGCUCUGGUGAUUACGCUAUUGUUAUCAGUCAUAACCCUGAUAACGAUACCUCAAGGAUCAAGCUUCCUUCUGGUGCGAAGAAAAUUGUUCCUAGUGAUUGUAGGGCGAUGAUUGGGCAAGUUGCGGGUGGUGGAAGAACUGAGAAGCCGCUUCUUAAAGCAGGUAAUGCUUACCACAAGUUUAGGGUGAAGAGAAACUGCUGGCCUAAGGUGCGUGGUGUUGCUAUGAACCCUGUUGAGCAUCCUCAUGGAGGAGGUAACCACCAGCAUAUUGGGCACGCAAGUACUGUCAGGCGUGACGCUCCUCCUGGCCAGAAGGUUGGUCUCAUUGCUGCCAAGAGGACUGGUCGUCUCAGAGGGCAAGCUGCUGCUACUGCUGCUAAAGCAGAUAAGGCAUAAUGAUAUUGUUAACAUUAUAUUUAGUUGCUUGUUUUUCCAAAUUUUUUUUUGAUAGUUGUCUGUUAAACUGUUUGUGUAAGAACAAUUCCCCCCGAUAAAAUAUGGAGCUUUCAAUAGAUAUAUUUUAUAUUUGUUUAA